ACUUUUCUUCCUGGAGGCCAGAGUGAAGGGGCAUGGAGAAGCGGGCGGCCUGGGAGCCGCAGGGCGCCGAUGCGCUGCGGCGCUUCCAAGGAUUGCUGCUGGACCGCCGUGGCCGGCUGCACAGCCAAGUGCUGCGCCUGCGCGAAGUGGCCCGGAGGCUGGAGCGGCUACGCAGGCGCUCCCUGGCGGCCAACGUGGCGGGCAGCUCUCUGAGCGCCGCUGGUGCCCUGGCAGCCAUCGUGGGGUUGUCACUCAGCCCGGUCACCCUGGGAGCCUCGCUCGUGGCGUCGGCCGUGGGCUUAGGGGUGGCCACCGCCGGAGGGGCAGUCACCAUCACGUCCGACCUCUCUCUGAUCUUCUGCAAUUCCCGGGAGGUGCGGAGGGUGCAGGAGAUCGCCGCCACCUGCCAGGACCAGAUGCGCGAGCUUCUGAGCUGCCUGGAGUUCUUCUGUCAGUGGCAGGGACGCAGGGACCGCCAGCUGCUGCAGAGCGGGAGGGACGCCUCCAUGGCCCUUUACAACUCUGUCUACUUCAUCGUCUUCUUCGGCUCACGUGGCUUCCUCAUCCCCAGACGUGCCGAGGGGGCCACCAAAGUGAGCCAGGCCGUCCUGAAGGCCAAGAUUCAGAAACUGUCAGAGAGCCUGGAGUCGUGCACUGGCGCCCUGGAUGAACUUAGUGAGCAGCUGGAGUCCCGGGUCCAGCUCUGCACCAAGGCCGGCCGUGGCCACAACCUCAGGAUCUCCACUGAUCUGGACGCAGCGUUGUUUUUCUAAGAGCAUCCUCUACCUAUAUGGAAUGUUCUAGAGUCGUAGCAUCCACAGGGAAGUGCUACAUGGGUGGAGUGCAAAGGAUGAUAGGAACUCUUCUUGCAGGGCUUCCGUCAGUCCUUAGCUCCUUGUGUGUGUGAAGGACUUUUCGCUUGUGUAAUCCCAACUGAGUAUGUGAUCCUUUUUGUCUUUGUAGGGAUUGUAGACCCAACCUGGGCCGCGGAGCUGACUUGCUCUGCUCUUCCCACCCCAGUUUAUCCACUCAUAGACCAAAUCUGACUAUUGCAUACUUUCCCAGCAUGGCUUCAAAUUCACACCUCUAGGUACCCUGAGAGGGAAAGCCACCCGAAGAGUCACUUUAAUCCCAACAUACUCACCCGCCUUCACUUCUGUAAAGAAGCUGGGGGAGGGGUGAGAUGCAGUCCCUGACAAUUUUAAAUAACUGACCACAAAGAGGAGAGCAACGGCCUUUGAGUUAAACAGUCUUGGACUGAUCACAGGCUCUGUCCCCCACCGGUCGUGUGACUUAGCCACCUUCUCUUGCUGAGACUUGGCUUGUUCAGUGACACAGAUGGUGGUAAGAACACACCCUGUUGUGAAGCCCUGAGAUAAGAAAGGACCUUCAGAGUCACUCUCAGAAAGUCCAGGAAAGACUGGCCCAGCAGCCCAAGAAAGACUAUGCUGUGUGCUUGUAAAGCCAGUUACUCUGUCCCCUGUAAACUAGAAGACAGAGCAGCACAGACCCUUUAGAGGGCAGUGUUGCCCAUUCCAUGUAGAGACUGGUACAGAGGUAAUGUGAAGUUACCAGCAAAAACAAACAAAAUCAAAAACAAAAAAUAAAAACAAAACAAACAAACAAAAAAAACCCCAAACCUCUUUAUCCUCUGAAAACUCCAGACACCAUAUCUUUAUUUAUUUAAAAUUAGUUAUUUAAUUUCUGUGUAUUAUUUACAUUUGAUUUUAUUUAACUAUAGCAUUUAGAAAAUAAUAAGAAUAUUAAGGGUCUGAAUAGGAAGGGAGUCUGUUAAGGCUCUUUCCAGGAGGUCAGGUUUGGAUUUCUAGAGUCUUUUUCCCUCAGAGAGGACUCUCUAGUGUUUGGCACGAUCCCUGUAAGUAAGAUGGGGGAGUCCUGAGGAGAGAGAGAGAGACUAAACUGAUUUUUAAACUGGUAAAUGGAGUCUUGAAUUGUGGAAUAUAUGAAUGAUUAAGCCUGUGUGUCCUGAAGGUACUUUGCCAGAAAGCACUUGACUUGAAAAAGAAAACCUAUUUAAUUCAGGAGUGGAGGAAUAGAGACUCAUGAAGGAAACAUUUAGACCUUGGAAACCUGUCCUAUGAAAUUCUGUUUUUAUAAAAUUGUGUUAUGAUAGAGAUCUGUCACAUUUUGACUUUGGGGCUGUAAGAAACCUGCUAUCUAUGCUUAAGAAAGUACUUCUAAUUUAUUCAAUAUCUUCCUAAAUUAUCCUUUAGAAAGAGUUGCAAAGUCUUUGGGACCAUACCCAGGAAACCUUGGCUGUAUAUUUAAAUUAUUUAAUGCUAUACAUUUGCGCAGCCCCUAUGAUUCCCAGUGAUGGCCACGUGUCUGAGGAAAUGUUUUGGCAUGAGGGGGAGGGGUGCUCUUUCUAUAUUUAUUUUUGUUUCCUAUAAACUGUAGUUGGCGUAUAUCCUGAUUUAAUUUGACAUUGAUGUGGCUUUUUUUUUUUUUUUUGACACUGUGUCUUUCUCUAGGCAGCCCUGGAUGUCCCAGAACUCACUCUGUAGAUCAGGCUGACCUCAAACUCACAGAGUUUGCUUCUGCCUCCUGAGUGCUGGGAUUAAAGGAAUACACAGCAUGCCCAGCUUGGGUUUUUUUUUUGUUUUUGUUUUUGUUUUUGUUUUGUUUUGUUUUUAACUGCUGUCACUUUUAGACUGCCUGUGUGGGCACUGGAGUAUACCUCAGGCUCUCCUUCCAUCAUCCGGCUGAAGCCAUUCCCUGACGCCGUCAUGCAUUGGUGCUUUGUCUCGGGUUAUACUCCUCCAUUACCGACCUGUUCCAUAUAACCCAAAAUGGGAAUGUUUUGAGUAUAUAGCAAAGUACUAAGCUUCUGAAGGUUUUAUCAGUGGUCUGCUGUGUGCGCAUCUGAGAGUGUCUACUUUCCAUCCACAGAUGGCAGAAGGGUCUAGAGGUUGAGUUCCAGGGCACCCGAGCUACACAAUGAGACCUCAUCUCAAAAAUACAAUGAAACAACAAAAACUGAAAGCACAUUUGAAUAAUUCGCUGUUUGUCUGUAUUAUGAGGGAUUAGCUUGGUCAUUCUCUUUCUUAUGUGUAGGCAUGUUGUGAAAAUUGGAGGAUUUGCCAGGGGUUAGCAAAGUUCAGUACAAUUGAUCCUAGAGACAAAUUGUUUAUUUCUUUCAUGGGACAGUGGAGUGGGUUUUCCCUUUCGACCGUCAUUCUAUAAGCAAGCAGGUCGAAAGGGUUUGUGGCGCAAAUGAAAAGAGAGAAAUAAAUGUUAGGGUUUGGAAAAUACAUGUUUGUUCU